GAUGAGUUCCCCGUGGUCAAUGACUUCCCUCCGGUGUUGAAGUGGAGGAGAAAGCCGUCUAUUCCGUCCAUGUCCUCCUCUCUUCCGGAUCUCCUGGGUAACUCCACCAGCAGUCGGAGUGCAGUGGACAUCCCCUACCUACCUACGGAGGUUCCACUGACAUUAAAGGGUAAGGUCAGAGGUCAGCCCCGCUCUAUCAUUAAUCAUCAAAGGGCGACAGCUAGUCAUUUCCUGGAUGGCUAAUUAUUAUUUUGGAUAAAAAAACGACUCCAGGCUACACUUGAACGUCUAAAACCUGUCAGAAAGUAUCUAGAAAUUAUAUUAAAUAUUAAAUAUAAUAAUAAAUAUAAAAAUUAAAUAUAAAAACUAUAUAUUUAUAUUUUGAAAUAACUUCACCUUUUCCGGACCGAAAAUUGAUUUUGACGGACAACUCAGUCCGCCAAAAUAUCUGUAAGACCGUUGAUUUAAAAAAUCCUGAGGUGGCUCUCAAGCCUUGAGAUGUUGCUCACCCCUAGAGGUUAGAGAGGUAGGAGGGUUGCCAGUUCAAAACUUUGAAUCCCGGGGAUUAUGGGGAAAAUCUGGAGGGAAGUGAGCUGGCAACCGGGGGAUUGCUGUUGUCAAAUCCUAGAUGCCAUUGUUACUAUCACCUGGUGUGGUGAAAGGUAGUUCAAAUGGUGGACAUGUUAGGACCUCUGUCAGGGCUGAGUUUUAAAUGGUGGACAUGUUACGAUGUCUGUCAGGGCUGAGUUUCAAAUGGUGGACAUGUUACGACCUCUGUCAGGGCUGAGUUUCAAAUGGUGGACAUGUUUUGACCUCUGUCAGGGCUGAGUUUCAAAUGGUGGACAUGUUUCGACCUCUGUCAGGGCUGAGUUUCAAAUGGUGGGCAUGUUACGACCUCUGUCAGGGCUGAGUUUCAAGUGGUGGACAUGUUAGGACCUCUGUCAGGACUGAGGUCAAAGCCUAAAUCGUUGCGGACAAUAACCUAACCAUUGCUCCAAGGUCAGAUAUUUUCACCCCCUUUAUGGCCCAGGUUAGGAUUGGGGUUAUGGAUAUCUGAUCCUAGAUCUGUGGUUAGAGGCAAGCUCUGUGGCAACCUUUCAUCCAUCACUGUCAGCCCUCUCACAGCCUGUCAUGUUUCGUUCCCUCUCACCUCCUGCACAUGCUCAGAAUAGACAUAGCUUAGUUGGCUGCCUGAUUGACUGUUAUCCAACAAUAUUACCUUGGCAACGACAUGGUGGCUAAAACAGAAACAGGCUAACAGGUUAGCUCGGCUAGGCUCUGUUUGGGUUCUCUAUGCCUGACGUAGUCUCUCGUGACACUGAUAUAAUGCUUGACACAGAAGAGGACUAAUAACUUAUUGGUUGAAUGGUUGAUAUCUCUUCCUUCCUCCACUUCAUAGCUGUGUGCUAAUGUAGCCAUUGGAGUCACCUUCUGGGCCAAAAGUCACACACUGAUAAGUGGGGAUCUAUUGCUGCUAAUUACCCAGCUGAUAGUAUAUUCCUCACCUUCUUAAACUACCUGAACUCAGUUGAUCUUUGUUUAGAGUUUGACUUUUUUAAAUGUUUUUUAAUGUUUUUAAAGUGAGUUGUACAGACUGUAGAAGUAUGAGAGCUGCUCUCAGGGCGGCGGGAAAAACACUAACUGUUCUUCCUGUCAGAUCAUUAAAAGCCCAGCUGCGUAGGAGUUUUCAGCAGGGUUCUGUUCAAUUAGGCACUAAAUGGAAAUGGAAGAAAAUAGACUGAGAGAGAGGGACUACCUGGACUCCAAAAAGAAACACUCAUUUUCGUUUGCCAUUGCAAAACAUUAUGAAACGUUUUCCAUAGCGUGACUAGGGCUGUGACGGUUAUGGAAUUUUGGAUGUUGGUAAUUGGCCAGCAAAAUGACCGCGGUCUCCGUGAUAACCGUUUAUUUUUUGACGCACAUUUUCUCCUGUCCUCUUCUCCUGACUGCAUGUGCUACCAUAUACAUAGAUUGAAUAGAACGGGCGUCUCCAUUCAAGUCAAUGAUGGCAUAAUGUGUGGACUGGCGGUCAUUGCGAGUGUACGCAUAGGACCAAAGCAGGAAGUGUACCCAUCAAUAUAUAUACACUACCGGUCAAAAGUUUGGACACACCUACUCAUUCUUUAUUUGUACUAUUUUCUACAUUGUAGAAUAAUAGUGAAGACAUCAAAACUAUGAAAUAACACAUAUGGAAUCAUGUAGUAACCAAAAAAGUGUUAAACAAAUCAAAAUAUAUUUUAUAUUUGAGAUUCUUCUAAUAGCCACCCUUUGCAUUGAUGACAGCUUUGUACACUCUUGGCAUUCUCUCAACCAGCUUCACCUGGAAUGCUUUUCCAACAGUCUUGAAGCAGUUCCCACAUAUGCUGAGCACUUAUUGGCUACUUUUCCUUCACUCUGCGGUCCGACUCAUCCCAAACCAUCUCAAUUUGGUGGAGGUCGGGGGAUUGUGGAGGCCAGGUCAUCUGAUGCAGCACUCCAUCAAUCUUCUUCUUGGUAAAAUAGCCCUUACACAGCCUGGAGGUGUGUUGGGUCAUUGUCCUUUUGAAAAACAAAUGAUAGUCCCACUAAGCCCAAACCAGAUGGGAUGGCGUAUUGCUGCAGAAUGCUGUGGUAGCCAUGCUGGUUAAGUGUGCCUUGAAUUCUAAAUAAAUCACAGACAGUGUCACCAGCAAAGCACCCGCACACCAUAACACCUCCUCCAUGCUUUACGGUGGGAAAUACACAUGCGGAGAUCAUCCUUUCACCCACACCGCGUCUCACAAAGACACGGCGGUUGGAAUCAAAAAUCUCACAUUUCCACCAGUCUAAUGUCCAUUGCUCAUGUUUCUUGGCCCAAGCAAGUCUCUUCUUCUUAUUGGUGUCCUUUAGAAGUGGUUUCUUUGCAGCAAUUCGACCAUGAAGGCCUGAUUCUUGCAGUCUCCUCUGAACAGUUGAUGUUGAGAUGUGUCUGUUACUUGAACUCUGUGAAGCAUUUAUUUGGGCUGCAAUCUGAGGCUGGUAACUCUAAUGAACUUAUCCUCUGCAGCAGAGGUAACUCUGGGUCUUCCUUUCCUGUGGCGGUCCUCAUGAAAGCCAGUUUCAUCAUAGCGCUUGAUGGUUUUUGCGACUGCACUUGAAGAAAAUUUCAAAGUUCUUGAAAUGUUCCAUAUUGACUAACCUUCAUGUCUUAAAGUAAUGAUGGACUGUCAUUUCUCUUUGCUUAUUUGAGCUGUUCUUGCCAUAAUAUGGACUUGGUCUUUUACCAAAUAGGGCUAUCUUCUGUAUACCACCCCUACCUUGUCACAACACAACUGAUUGGCUCAAACGCAUUAAGAAGGAAAGAAAUUCCACAAAUUAACUUUUAACAAGGCACACCUGUUAAUUGAAAUGAAUUCCAGGUGACUACCUCAUGAAGCUGGUUGAGAGAAUACCAAUAAUAUGCAAAGCUGUCAUCAAGGCAAAGGGUGGCUACUUUGAAGAAUCUCAAAUAUUUGUUUAACGCUUUUAUGGUUACUACAUGAUUCCAUAUGUGUUAUUUCAUAGUUUUGAUGUCUUCACUAUUAUUCUACAUGUAGAAAAUAGUAAAAAAUAAAGAAAAACCCUUGAAUGAGUAGGUGUGUCCAAAAUUUUGACUGGUACUGUAUAUACAUACAUACACAUAUAUACACAUAAUAAAAAUACAAAAUCACAGUCAUUAAGCUAAAAUAAACCACCCAGAAAAACUGUAAAGUAAGUCCCCAAUCUACACUUUAAAGUGCCCAAACGGCACCAGAACAUCAAGAACGAAUAUGUACUGUGAUUUUCCCCCAAUGUGCUACACAAGCCCGUUCUAUUCAUUGUAUUCCUCUGUCUGCUGCAUCGGUUGUUGCUUGUUUCAGCAACAACCGCAUGAUCUUCUGUAAGAAUGGGAUUUUUACUUUCUAUGUGGAAGCACCACUUAAAGUAAUGAUUGUGGUUUAAAGGGCCUUGUGUAGGUUAAUCAAAGUAAGGUUGUAAGUGGAUCUCACGUGUUGAAGUUUCUCCGAAGGGUCUGACUUCAAGUUCAAUUCCUUCUGCACUGGUGUCAGAAGAGGGAUAGGAGACAGACAGUGGAGCUUAGCUGGAGUUAGCUGUUAGCCAUUCACAUACUCAGUGCUGUGUUGACUGUGUAGUCUAUAGUGAAAGAAUAGCUCAAUGCUAACACUAAUGCCAUUCUGCUCUGCUGCGUUGUGUAUAGAUACAGAAUAGCUCAGUGCUAACGCUAAUUAGCAUUCCUCUCUCUUGUGUUGUCUAUAGAGACAGAAUAGCUCAGUGCUAACGCUAAUUAGCAAUCCUCUGUCUUGUCUAUAGAUACAGAAUAGCUCAGUGCUAACGCUAAUUAGCAUUCCUCUCUCUUGUGUUGUGUUGUCUAUAGAGACAGAAUAGCUCAGUGCUGACACUAAUAGAGCCCCACAGUGGAGGUGUCAUAAUACCCAUAAACCUAGCGGUCAAACAGGGAAAUGGUUCCAAUCGUUUUUCCACCAUUCAUUUUUCCAAUAGGGGAUUUUAAAAACACAUAAAAUAAGGGCUGUGUUUUGUGUAGGCUUACCCUGGUGUGAUGUUUUGUAACUCUCUCUCGGACAAGGUGAUUUUUAUCAAUAUAUUAGGCUCUAUUUACACUCAGAUUAAAAAAUGCUAAUUAGCAUUAAAGUAGACAUCAUGCAAGACUACAUUUUUUACAUUUUAGUAAUUUAGCAGAUGCUCUUAUCCAGAGCGACUUACAGUUAGUGAGUACAUACAUAUAUUUUUUUCAUACUAGAUAGUUAAUCCAGAGAUUUGGCAGUCUCGUCCAGAUCAUCAUGGCAUUUAUAGUUUUUUAUGAUAGCCACAUUAGCCGUUAAUUAGCAUUUCAUUUUUGGGGGGUAAAUACAGGUGAAUAUAUUGAUAAAAGUCACCUUGUCCUAGAGAAAUUUACACCGUUUUCAAAACGUCAUGCCAGGUUAAGCCUACAUGAAACACAGCCCUUAUUUUAAGUGUUCUCUAAAAUACCCUAUGGGAGAAAUGAUUGGAACCAUUUGCCCUGUUUGACCGCUAGGUUUUAUGGGUAUUAUGACUAUUAGGAUUCCUCUCUCUUGUGUUGAAUGUGACUCCUGCACUCACAUACAACCACACACUCAAAGCCAACGCUGCUGUCCCAUGUACAGAGACAUUAAACACUGGACACUUCACAUUUGUUGUAUACUGUGUAUUUAUAUACAGUAUUCUCACAUAGCUCAUACUAAUAUAUCUACUACUGUACAUUGCAUUUUGUUACACUGUUUAUACACACCAUGUUACACUGUUUAUACACCACUUAUUUAUUUAUAUACUGGAUUCUUGACAUAAUUCACCUAAUAUAUCUACUGCUGUACAUAUCAUUCUUAGUAUAUCUUUAUGGUGUAAAUACGCAGCAUAGUUUGCAUUUGGAUUACUUAUACAGUGUUAUUUGGGUUGUUUUAAUUGGAUUCGUUCUGACAUUCUUUUAGAUUUGUUGAUUUUAGUUUUUUUGUUGUUGAUAAUUUGUGUUGUUGUUGCUGUUAGGAGAUAGUCUGCACCGUCUAUAACAUCUGCUGCUCUGUGUUGUGUGCAGACCGGGGUCUGGAGACAGAGCAGGUCCUCCUGACACGGCCGGCACCGGAGCUGGGGCACAUGGAGUACCAGCUGCUCAAGUUAUUCAUCCUGCUGUGAGUACGGGACUGACUAACCUGGUCCCAGAUCUGUUUGUACUCUCGUGGCGUGCCGCAGUGUUUUAUCAAACUCGGUCCUGGGGACCCCAAUGGGUGCACGUUUUGGUCUUUGCCCCAGCACCACACAGCAGAUUCAAAUAAUCAAUGCUUGAUGAUUAGUUGGUUAUUUGAAUUAGCUUUAGUAGUGCUAAGGGCAAAAACAAAGUAAACGUGCACCCCUUGGGGUCCCGAGGACCAGGUUUGGAAAACGCUCGGCUAAGGCAUCUCUCAUUGUAUUAUACACUUACUGUCAUACUGCCACCUUCUGGUCAUAGUUAUUCUGACACUUUCAUAUUACACUGACAUAUUACAUGUUUUUAAAUGUAGACAUUUGUAUUUCUUAUUAAUGGCAUUACACUGCUGAUCUGUUGAAUAGUCAGAACACAACUUGAGUGAGAUAAAAAUAGCAUACAUGGAGUUUUACUAUGACAUCAGCAGUGCAUGGGCCGGACGAACCAAGUCUCCGGCCCUGGGAAGGAAUAUUUUAAAGGCUCGCCUCCUGGCAACGGAAAGAAAAUGUUGCGCUUUUCAAGCUAAUUUCCUGCAAUUCUAUAGAUUUUGUCAUGUGGCUGAGAUUUUUGUUGUUGUUUCAGCUUCAAAGCUAAUAUCCUGCAAUUCUACACAUUUUUCCAUGAGGCAGAGGGGAGAUACGAGAAGUAUUGAGUUGAAAAAAAGAUAAUUGGUGGAGUAAAGGACAAUUAGCUUUGAAGCUGCUACAACAACAAACAAUCUCAGCCACUACUGGUACCUGUGAGCCUCCCAGGUCCAUGUUGCCCAGGGUUAUGAACAUAAAUUGUAAAUGAAUAAUAUUACACUGUAUAUUAUUAGACCCUCUAAACCUAUUCCACCCCUAGGCCAAAAUGAGUUUAAUCUGUUGUUGUUAGUAAUAUUAUGUAUAUUUUGAAGGACCUCUGCGGACCCCACUUUGGAGAAUGUUGUAAACAAUGUGGUCUGUCUCCUUCAGUAUUGUCCUGCUCCUUGUGUCCUCCUGUUACCUGGCCUUCCGUGUGUGUUGUCUGGAGCAGCAGCUGUCCUUC